AUGCUCCCUCUCAAAACUUUGGAGUUAGUUUGAAAACACAUAAGUUCACGCGCCUUGUCCUCCAUUAUUCCAACAGAUGGAUGGACUUUGUUGUCCUUCGAAAUGGACAAGUUUUUCUCGUAAAUUUCCAGAGUAGUAUCACUUGGCCGUAGGUCUUGGUAGCGAAGGAUCGCGUUCACCUGGAAUCGUUAUCGGAAGCCCGCUAUCGCCGAAUCGAUUUCAAUCUGUGGAUUUCGCUGGUAGCGGCCCCCACCCUGCCGGGCCGAAGAAGUUAGGCAAGGUGUCGACGGUGGCUGUAGGACCGUUGGGAGUCUGCCGAGGUGCAGAUGAUCGGACAGACAGCUGCGAGUUCGGCCAUCUUUUCCAGUUUUCCAGAGAUUUUUGCAUGGCGCAGGUGAUGCGGGCACGCGACCACCCUUUCUAUGCGCUGUCCUCUAUCCUCGGCUCGUCUCCUUUCGAUCGCUCGUACCCGCAGAAACCCUUUCGAAAACUGUCGGCCGUGAGUUACGAGGAUCUCGAUUCUCGAGAGAAGAAAGGCCCUCACUCGCUAGGGGGAGGCGAUGCCGGGAGUAACAGAUGCUAG